GUGUCAAGCUGGCAGGAGAACACCGACUGGCAGCAGGGUGACCAGACGUUGGCUGCCGUGGAUGCUAGUGGAAUCUACUACGACCCUGGGCAGGCCUAUCAGUACGGAGAUCAGGCUGGAUGGAAUGGGCAUGGCGAAGGGCAGGAUACCUGGACCGGUGCCGAUGUCGAAUACUACGAACCAGAGGCAAACGCUGCACGGCCUCCACCCGGAUUGGAGGCCGAGAGAACAACCAGAACAGGCCUCGUUGAGUUGGAUGCGGAUGAGGUUGACAUGGAUGAUGCAGGGCCAUUCGUUCUCGACAGUGAUGACAUCGGACAGCAGGCAUCUGCCACAGAGGAGGUGGAGGUCGCUUUGGAGGAGGUUUCUGCGGUAGUUGCCUCGCAGCCGGACAAGGUGUCAGACUGGUUUACCACUGGCGAAAAGGCGGAGGGUAGUGAAGACCAGGCCAUCCCCGAGAACUGUGAAGUCUAUUCCAUGGACAAAAACCCCAAGAACAAGAUGGAGACGACGCAGGAGGAGGCCGCCGAAGGUACCAGCGCGGACACAGAACCGCAGGAGCUGCGUGUGCUGUCUUCCUUGCUUGGCAAGCAGGAUGCCAAAGCAGCGCCAGCGGAGCCCAAGGCGGAGCCCGACUCGCCAAAACUGCCGGAGGUCUGCACAUUGGAGCCCGAGAAGGCCUGCGAGUCCACCGCUGAUGAGGCCCCGCAGCCCACACCUGCUGCAGUGAGCCAGGCCGAGGAGCCCCAGGCCCGUGACGCGGAGCCAAAGGCCGCAGAGCCCGAGCCAAUGGAGGUCGAGCCCACAGAGGCUACAGAGCCUGAGGCUGUGGAUGCUGCAGAGCCGCAGGCCGAGAAAGAGGAGUCAUUGAAGUUCGAGUCCGACCCCGAGCAG